UCUCGAUUAACCAGAUACUGAAUGAUCCCGCUCUAUUAUUGAAGAAGGUUUAUACCAGGGGUCAAAGAGGUUGGCCGGGUUAUUGUGAUUGCUUUCUUGAGACUAUUACAGAAAAUCUGUAGCAAACUCGAAGAUGGCUGAAUAUAUACGACCUGCAUUUGCGAUAAUUUUACCAAAUCUUGGAGGUUUUGCUGGGUUUUUGGCCAUAAACAAUCCCAAUUGGUAUAAGAAUCUAAAUAAACCAUCAUGGAGACCUCCAAAUUGGGUAACUCCUCCGGCGUGGACAUAUCUUUACUGCACUAUGGGAUAUGCUUCCUAUUUAGUUUGGCGAGAUGGUGGAGGAUUUAAUGGCGAGGCAAGACUUCCUUUAGCCGUCUUUGGUACUCAGCUGGCGUUAAAUUGGGUUUGGACUCCACUUUUCUUUGGUGCCAAGAAACUAGGUCUGGCAACCAUUGAAAUAGGAGCAUUAUGGGGCGCUAUCGUUGCCACAAUUAUCACAUUUAAUCCCAUCAAUAAAACUGCCAGUUAUCUGCUGCUGCCUUAUCUAGGAUGGGUAUCUCUGGCUACCUGUAUUAAUUAUAGUAUCUGGAAGAACAAUAAGGAUAGACGUGAUUAAAUUAUUAAUAUAGUUACUAAGUGUAAGUUGAUGGUUAAGAGCGAGACAGCAAGUAAUAUCAGUUGUAUCAAUGUAUUACGCCAACGUCUUGCUGGAAACAGUUAAACAACUUAAAGUACACAAACUAUCCCACAUGUGCAUUUCAUUGAAAUCAUGAAGCGAUUACAAUAAUUCCUUCAGGUAUAAAUAAUGUAAGAUUGACUCGUUGGUCGUGCUGUUAUUUGAAGUGCAGGUACAGCAAUAUGAAAGAUGACGUAACAUUUGCAUUUUAAAAUAUCACUAAUUUUGAAGUAUUUCCAUACAAGGGUUUCAUUUUGUUUAUUUGCCAUAGAUAAGCCAUAAAAAUAUACAUUUUAAUGAAGUCAUAUACAUCCCUAAUUGUAAAAUUUAAAAUGGCACUUUAGUACCAACUGGGCCACAUUACGCAAAUAUUUAAGUGGAAUCCCUAAUUGUAAAUCAGUAUAGAUGUUAUCAGUGUAAUAUUAUUCUUAUAUUAAUGACAACUAAUCUCUGUCCAAGAUGGCGGCCAUAUCAUGCUUGAUUCCUGGGCCAUAGAAGGGCUAAGCCAGUACCUCUUGUCUGGGAUACGCCACCACUACAAAUGUCUGGCAAUUACAUAGCUCUGUCGGGGGUACAUUGUACAUUGAUAUCUGAAAUAUAGUAGAAAAUUGGUACACUUUUCAGCUAGGUUGACCCCCCGGGCUCCUGGUCUACUAGCGAUGCCACCGAGAGUUGACUAUGGUCUGGAUAUGUUAAUUAAUGUCUAAUUAAUAAUUUAGAUAACAAUUCCGGCCUGAAGAAAGAUCUGCAAUAAGCAGAUUUAGCUCUUGCAUAAUGUAUGUUUAAGUUGAAUUGAAAGUUUCUAUAAGAUAUAUACUCUUCAAAAAAAGUAGGGGAUAUUGAAAUGCAAAUACCUAUGCAGGUUGCGAUAUGAUAAAUAGUCAUGGACAUUUGACAUGCUUUCAGAGUAUGUUCACAGAUGAAGAACGUAUUGGACCAACAGAACCAUUGAGCUGCACAUGUGACACGCAACAGCUCCAUACGCGUGGGAGGGGUUCAUUGUUAAAUUUAAGACUUCAAGGAAGAGUUGAUGAAAACUGCCGCGUGCUGGUUUAUCUAUCCAUGUUUGCUUUCCUAUCGGUUCUUGCAUAAGAUUUACUGUUUAACGUAUCUUUGCUUUAGUGUGUUACGUUUAAUUUAAUCGGGAGAUGUAUUCGUCGAUGUCAACGUCAACCGACAACACUGCAAGAAUUGGCCUUGACACUACAAGAGGAGUGGGUCAGAUUGCCCCAAAUUGUAAUUGGACGGUUGAUUAGGAGCGUGCCACGACGAAUUGCUGAAUGUCUGAGGAUUGGUGGAGCAAUUACUCAUUUUUAAGACAAAAAUCAAAAACGUCCAUUUUCACUUUUGACGGUGUAUCUCUUUGCGAGUGAAAUUGGGCCGUCAGAUAAGCCGCCCAUAUGAACAGUUUAUGUUCAUGUGUAGGCAAUUGGCCUGUUAUUAACGUACACUGGUUACCUCUAAUAAAAACAGUUGUGCAUUUCCGCAGUUUUGUAUUGUUUCUGAAUAUCCCCUACUUUUUUUGAAGAGUAUAUUUUAAUAAUGUUAUUUACA